AUGGAUAAUGUACAGCCUAGCCAGGCUCUUUUGGACGCCAACGAUCCCACAAAGCGUCAUUUACACGCGCUUGAAGAACGGGGUUUGACUACGAAAUGUCGCGUAGUUUUCGAUGGAUCGGGAAAGGACAGCUCUGGAGUGUCCCUCAAUGAUCAUCUCCAAAUUGGUCCACCUAUCCAACGCGAUCUUAUUGGCGUUUGUUUACGUUUCCGGCAGCACCAAUAUGUAAUCCGCGCAGAUAUCGAGAAGAUGUUCCGAGGAAUUCAAGUCUUUAAACCGCACACCAAUUAUCAGCGCAUUGUUUGGCGCAAGAACGAGAAUGAACCACUGCUUCGCCUGUUGACGGUUACCUACGGAUUGGCACCGUCACCAUUUCUGGCUGUUCGAGUUCUCAAGCAACUAGCCGAGGAUCACAGCCAAGAGUUCCCCGCAGCAGCACACGUGCUUCUGCACGAUGGUUAUGUAGAUGAUAUUCCAACUGGGUGCCCUCAUUUGAAGAGCUCGAAGAGCUCAUAA